AACAAAAUGUAUACUCAACUAAAAAUUCUAAUAUAAAAAAAGUUUGUAGCUUUUUCUUUGGGAGAAAACCGAGUUUCAUGAAUGUGGGUUUGAUGACAUAUUGCUUUAGAGUCAGCAAAGUCACUUUCUUGGCUUGCUCGCUUUCUUUGCCUGAAUAAAAAGUUAUAGUUUAGUAGUAGUCGGUACCGAAUUUUACUGGCAUUUCUUUUUCCCAGUGGAAAAUUUAAUCUUAUAAGUUUGUUUAUUUGAGUGUUUGGUGGAGGAAAUUGUUGUGAAGCUGACCUCAAAGAUUUCAAUGCCUUUUUUAUUGUGUCUAUCUCUCUGUCUCUCAAAAGGGAAUUUGGGUUUUCGUUUUUUUUAAUUCAAGCGUUUGGGGUUUGGUUAUUGGUUCUUACAGUUCAUACCUUGUCAUCAAUACGCGUUGCGUAUCUUAGUUGAUUUUCUUCCAAGUAUAAGUUGUUGUUUUAAUCUCGUUUCGUCGACUUGGGUGCUAUUGUUGCUUAGUGUCGCAGUCAGAUCUGGCAUUUUGGCUUUGCUCGAACCGCAUUUGGACAUUCUCGUAGAUCAGGUUGGAAAUCCUGAGGUUGAUUUAGAAAAGUUGGAAUUUUUAUGUUUGAAAAUUGGGAAUUCGUGUUAGUUUUACAAAGGCGGAUACUGGGUUUGUGAUACGUAGGAAGUUUAUUGUCAUUGAUUCCAAGGAAUUUGCAUUUUGGCUGAGUUAAACUAUAUAACAACACAGGAUCUUUAGUUUGACUAUAUAUAUGAUCAUAGGAUCUUUAGGUAUUGGAGUUUAGUAUGCUAUUGAGAGAAAGGGUACACUAGCUUGAAGGUCUUGGGCCUAAGACUUUGUCGUGGAGAGAAAGGGUACAAUAGCUUGAAGGUCUUGGGCCUAAGACUUUGUCGUGGAAGAAAUGGCGUCGAGUGAAGGGAAACGCCAUCGUCAUAAUCUUGUGCCUCUUGCUGCAUUGAUCAGUAAAGAGAUGAGGAGUGAGAAGAUGGAGAAGCCGACUGUGAGAUAUGGGCAUGCAGCUCAGUCUAGGAAAGGGGAAGAUUAUUUCCUGAUUAAGACGGAUUGUCAGCGAGUCCCAGGGAAUUCUUCAUCAGCGUUUUCUGUAUUUGCGAUCUUUGAUGGACACAAUGGAAAUGCUGCCGCCAUUUUUACAAGGGAGCAAUUGCUGAAUCAUGUGUUGGGUGCUAUUCCCCGUGGGCUUGGACGGGAGGAGUGGCUUCAUGCUUUACCUCGGGCAUUGGUUGCUGGGUUUGUGAAGACUGACAAAGAAUUCCAAAGCAGAGGAGAAACAUCUGGAACCACUGCUACGUUUGUAAUAGUUGAUGGUUGGACUGUGACAGUUGCAUCUGUUGGAGACUCCCGUUGUAUUUUAGAUACUCAGGGUGGCACUGUUUCCACCUUAACUGUUGAUCAUAGACUUGAAGAGAAUGUGGAAGAGCGGGAACGUGUUACUGCAAGUGGAGGUGAAGUGGGAAGGCUUAGUAUUGUUGGUGGUGCUGAGAUUGGUCCCCUCCGUUGUUGGCCAGGGGGUUUAUGCCUUUCUAGGUCAAUUGGAGACAUGGAUGUUGGAGAGUUUAUAGUUCCGAUACCAUAUGUCAAGCAAGUGAAGCUUUCAAAGGCAGGUGGGAGGCUUAUAAUUGCUUCUGAUGGCAUCUGGGAUGCCCUAUCCUCUGAAAUGGCAGCAAAAUCUUGUCGUGGGUUGCCUGCUGAACUUGCAGCUAGGCAAGUUGUGAAGGAAGCAUUAAGGACAAGGGGUCUAAAGGAUGAUACAACCUGUAUAAUUGUCGAUGUAAUUCCUCCUGAUCCUUCAGUACAACCCUCGACUCCUCCUAAAAAGCAGAAUAAGCUAAGAGCUCUAUUUUUUAGGAAGAGGGCUCACGAUUCUGCUAUAAAACUUUCAAAGAAGCUAUCAGCUGUAGGUAUAGUGGAAGAAUUGUUUGAAGAAGGCUCAGCGAUGCUUGCUGAAAGCCUUCUCAAAAGGAGUCUUUUGCCUUGGACUUGAAGAUAUGUGGAACCUUCCAAUUUGGUCCACAUGGUAGAACUUGUAGAUUACAUUGUUUUAGCUUGUUAUGCCGCACUUUUGAGUUCUGUGCCUGAUGUAGCUUGCAUUGUCUUCUUAGAAUAUGCUGCGUUAUGGGGAUCUGAUUUUACUCUAUGCUGUAAAAUAUGUUUAUUUGUAAGUUGAUCCGCUUUUCAGAUGGAUUAUUAUUUUUUGUUUGUUUGUUGAAUAGAAAUCUUCACCCUUUUAGGCAGGGAAUGGGACAAAUUAAGCCAUUAACAUUGUUAUAAAAUGCCCGUAUGGCUAGUAGAUGGCCUACCCUUUUCAGUUGGGUGUUUAUUCUUAUAGUUCAAUCUCUUGAUCUUUUUUCUGGGGAACCAAGUUUCUUAUCUCAUGAGAACUUUGUGCUCUAUGAUUUUGGGUUACAUCAUAAAUUAUAAUCACGUGUCUUGCAGAUUGGGAAACGAUGAGUCUACUGGCCAAUCAACAUC